UUUGCGCUCGUUCGGACAAGAGUGAGUUACAAGCCAGUGAAGGCUAUCACAAUGAAGUUCUCAAUUUUUAUUUUGACGGUGUUUGCGUUAUAUCAGACGCGUGUCACGACAGCAGUGAAAGAAAAGGACGGUGAGGAGUCCAUAUCCAGCGUUAUUCGGGAUUACGGGGAAACGCUCGAAAACUUUUACAAAAACCGCACAUUUGAAUUCGAAGACGAUACAUUGAAGCAUAGUGUUCCACUUCCAACACAACUGAGUUUGAAAACUAUAGCAAACAAUCUUUUAUUUAUUCGAGAAAGAAUCGAUAGAUUUUGCAACGUUACCAGAGAUACCCGAUCAAUUGAUGAAAAUUCCAAAUUAUCAUUCUUGACUGACAUUAAAGAAUACUUGACAGCGAUGAGGCAGUCGAUUUUCACCGUUCCACCUUUUCAUUUUCUCCAAACGACUACGGGGGAAUUUCUACGACACAUUGAUGAUGCUUUGAAGAAAGUUAGCUCUGUAACCGCAAACUCACGAGAAGCUAUCUUACAAGCUUGCGACGAACAACAAACAACUGCGAACAACGAUAAUUCCAAUUCAUUCUCCCCUGUUGAAAACGAAGCAGUACAUCCAAGCCCCUGUGUAUUAAAUAAACUAAGUAAAAGGAAUAAAAAGAUGUGUUUAAGAACUUGCCAAGUUUGCUCUUUGCAAUUAUGCAAAUCGACGCUUUCUGAUUUUGUUGAUAUGGGAUCCAAUUUACUGCAAUCCGAGUUGAGAAAUGUGUACAACAAGUUUUUGGCUUCAAUUAGAGAUAAUCAAAAUGAAGAUUGUGUCAACAUUUUCCUUUCUUUCCUGUUGGAUAGACGUCCAAUGUUGACCGAGACGCUCGAGAAAAUGACAUCAGAUCAGCUGGUAAUCUUUACGAUUUUAGCUGCGUCGCCGUACAAAGUAACCACGCGAUUUGUUAAAAUAUAGAAGAAGAAAUCAAGUCUAUAAAAUAUUUUAUUUUAAUAUGUCAUAUCCGUAUUUUUCUACUUGUUAUUUUGUUCAUACAAUAAAAUUAUCACUGUGGCACGGAAAA